UGACAGUUCUUAGACCAAGGCACCCCAUCUCUCAAAAUACCAGUGAAAGGAGUUUUCUUUCUUUCUAGGUUGAGCAAUGCUUGAAGCGCCUGUGGAAAAUGAACUUGGUGGGCUGCAUUGAAACUCUGGCAGGACUGAUUCCCAAGAAAACUACAUCCCAAGCCCAUGCAGAGUGCUUAGUUCCCAGUCAGCCUAUGCUGGAAACAGUGGCUCUGAAGGUGUUGGGAGGUUGCAAGCUCAUACUGCGUCUGCUGGACUGUUGCUGUAAAGCUUUUCUCUUGUGCGUUCAGCAUCUCUGCUCGGAAGAAUUCAUACUUCUGAACACUGUGGCUUCGGGGUUGUUGAGCCGCCUCUGGAUUCAGUACAGGUGUGUACUGCACAGCCUCAUCUCCCUGUACGACAUGUUGGCCACGUCACUUCACCUGGUAUCCGAGACCCAACAGAUGCCUUAUAUCAAGGGGUUUACCUUCCCUUCUGAUAUCAGGAACUUCCUUGGAGUUAACUUUUCUUCUGAGGUGAAGAAGCAAAAGGCUAGAAUGCUUACAACAAAAAAACCUACCAGUUGGCUGAAGAAGUUCUUCCCAACAAUGCCAGAGGCGGUGUCAGACAUGGGGAAAACCAGAAAUUCUGCCAUCUGCACAAGUGCUUUGAAAAAACGUCGCAUCCCGUGCCCCGCGGAUGUUGGAGAGCCGGUCCUGGUGACCAGAGCCAUCACAGGGAAGCACCUGGGGUUUGAUGUGAAGAGCUUACUCAGACAAUCCAGACAUCCAACACAAGAGGGUAUAAGCAUUGCCUCGACGCCUUUUAAAGCGAUGUCGGCAUCACCGUCCUCUCGCAUAGCGAAAUCACAGCAAGCUGGACCCCUUGUGCAGAUGGUCCGAACAGCUGUGUCGUUUGGGGAGCUGUCAGAGGCCCUCAGAAAAGCUGUUCUGUGGUGCAAAGGCAACAAACUCAAAUCGGAAGCUUAUUUUCUGCGUCACAAGUUGCUGAAAAGCAACCGGCUGCACCACGUGGAGGCUCAAGGAUGCAGCUUGAAGAAGAAACUGUGCUGUGUCAAAACGUCUGUCCGCAACUACCUCCUGUACGGGUCGCAAAGCGCACGCUGGCCAAAGCAGCGCCUCGGGGCACGGUUCUGUCGAAGGAGGAGCGCGUUAUCCACGCGCUUGAGGAGAACCCGGAAGACUGUUGGGCAAAAACCUCCUGAGCUUUUUCAGGCCUGUAAAAAGAGUGCAUCGCUCAUCUGCCCAGCUUACCAGGAUGGGCCUCCGGGUCGGGAAGGACAUUCCAGUGCCCAUACAGCCUCUGUCCAACUGAGCACAGCAGGGACGCCCAAGCGGCUGCUGGUGGAAGGAAGCCCUGGCCCGUUAUGGAAAGAAGCUAAUGAGAACAUGGAUAUUGAUUCUAUUUUUGCAGCAAUAGGUGUCUGA